ACCCCCCCCCCGAAUCCCUUCUCUCCUUUCUCUUUCUAUAUCCUCUCAAACUACUGACACCUUCCCCGCUCGCCCCCUCUUUCUCUCUCUAAAAUAAUCACUAAUUUCACUUCAAGAAUGUGAAUAACAGAGAAUCGAAAACCUAGAAACUCAUUUUGUGCAUUAAUUACUAGCUUGUAUACAUAAAUGAAGAAGAAGGCGGAAAGAGCGAUUGUACGUACGUAAUUGAAUUCAAAUAGUACUACAGCUUGCAUUGGUAUCGGCGCGGCUACGUUUGAAUCGAAUUUAGCUUGUAUUCGGCUGAUUCUUCGACUGCCAUGGCUCCGAAAACAGGUAAAGCAAAGCCUCAUAAAGGCAAGGGCGAGAAGAAGAAGAAGGAAGAGAAAGUUUUACCCGUCGUUAUUGAAUUCACCGUAGAGACACCCGAUGAAUCCCAAGUCACGCUUAAGGGAAUAUCAACGGACAGGAUUUUAGAUGUGAGGAAGUUACUGACGGUCAAUGUUGAGACAUGUCAUCUCACCAACUAUUCCUUAUCACACGAGGUACGAGGAACAAGAUUGAAGGACUCUGUCGAUAUACUCUCCCUAAAACCAUUUCAAUUGACUAUGGUGGAAGAGGACUACACAGAAGAGCAAGCUAUUUCACACGUGCGUCGUCUUCUCGAUAUUGUUGCAUGCACGACCUCUUUCGGUUCGUCUUCGUCCAAAACCGCCAGUCGACCGAGUCACAAAGAAUCGGUGAGUAAGGACACUGAUUCGAGCGAACUCGAACCCGGUUCAGAUUCCUCCGAUGUCACUACCAAUGCGAAGCCCAAGACCGCUGCCGGUGUUGCUUCCGCCGGAGAUGCAGGGGAUAAAGGCGAUAUUGCGGCGGUUUUGUGUCCUCCGCCAAAGCUUGGCCAGUUCUAUGAUUUCUUCUCAUUUUCACACCUCACAUCACCUAUUCAAUAUAUUAGGAAAUCGAGUCGACCAUUCCUUGAGGAUAGAACUCAAGAUGAUUUCUUUCAAAUUGAUGUUCGAGUUUGUACUGGGAAGCCAACGACAAUUGUUGCUUCUCGAGAAGGAUUCUAUCCUGCUGGAAAACGCAGUCUUCUCUGUCACUCUUUGGUUGGAUUAUUGCAGCAGAUAAGUCGGAUAUUUGAUGCUGCUUAUAAAGCACUAAUAAAGGCUUUUAUUGAUCAUAAUAAGUUUGGAAAUCUUCCAUAUGGUUUUCGAGCAAAUACUUGGGUUGUACCGCCUAUGGUUUCGGAGAAUCCUUCUAUAUUUCCUCCUCUUCCUGUGGAGGAUGAAAACUGGGGAGGAAAUGGAGGUGGACAAGGAAGAGAUGGAAAACACGAUAACCGACCUUGGGCAAAGGAGUUUGCAAUUCUAGCGGCAAUGCCUUGUAAAACAGCAGAUGAGAGGCAGAUUCGUGAUAGAAAGGCAUUUCUUCUUCACAGUUUAUUUGUCGACAUUUCAGUCUUCAAAGCUGUUGCAACCAUCCGACAUCUGAUUUACAAUAGUAGUAGUCACCUUUCACAUUAUGAGGAAAAAAUUGGGGAUCUCCUUAUUAGUGUUACGAAAGACCUGCCAGAUGCAAGUGCAAAUUUGGAUAGCAAAAAUGAUGGUAGUCAAGUCCUUGGGCUUUCACAUGACGAUCUUGCUAAGAGAAACUUGUUGAAAGGGAUAACUGCAGAUGAGAGUGCCACCGUCCACGAUACUGCUACUCUAGGUGUGGUAGUUGUUAGGCAUUGUGGCCAUACAGCAGUUGUGAAAGUCAACAGUGAAGUAAAUUGGGACGGAAAGCUUAUUCCAGAAGUUAUAGACAUUGAAGACCAGCCCGAAGGAGGUGCUAAUGCUCUGAAUGUAAAUAGCUUGAGAACACUACUGCAACAGCCAUCUACACCUGUAGCUCAAAGAUCAAAUAGUGCAGAUUUAGAAGAUUUGAAUUCUACUAGAUCUUUGGUAAGAGAAGUGGUUGGUGAAAGUCUACUGAAGCUACAGGGAGAAGAUGGUAUACGUUCAAGAUCUAUCAGAUGGGAGCUGGGAGCUUGUUGGGUACAACACUUGCAAAAUCAGGCCUCUGGAAAGAAUGAAACUAAGAAAAAUGAAGAAACCAAGGUUGAUCCUGCUGUAAAAGGUCUUGGAAAGCAAGGUGGUCUGUUGAAAGAAAUUAAGAAAAGAAUGGACGAUAAGAACCUCAAGUUAGAACAAGGAAAGGAUGCUGAUAGUAAUAUUGGACAGGAGAAACUAGAUGAGGAGAAGGAAGAGAUCUGGAAACAAGUACUACCUGAAGCAGCAUAUUUGCGUCUUAAAGAAUCUGAAACUGGCCUGCAUCUAAAGUCACCAGAUGAGUUGAUCGAGAUGGCGCAUAGCUACUAUGCUGAUACUGCACUUCCCAAGCUGGUUGCAGAUUUUGGCUCACUCGAACUCUCUCCGGUUGAUGGGCGAACACUGACAGAUUUCAUGCAUACCAGGGGCUUACAGAUGCAAUCGUUGGGGCGUGUGGUUGAGCUUGCAGACAAGCUUCCCCAUGUGCAAUCACUUUGCAUACAUGAGAUGGUUGUUCGAGCCUACAAACAUAUAUUGCAAGCUGUCAUAGCAGCAGUUGAUAGUGUGUCUGAUUUGGCUGCAUCAAUAGCAUCAUGUCUGAAUAUAUUGCUAGGAAAAACUUCUGGUGAAGGUGAUCUCAUAGAAACAGGUGAUGACGAUGAAACACUAAAAUGGAAGUGGGUUGAAACUUUCCUUCUGAAGAGGUAUGGAUGGCAAUGGAAAUUAGUAAACCGACAGGAUCUGAGAAAGUUUUCCAUUCUUCGUGGGCUUUGCCACAAGGUUGGACUGGAGCUUGUCCCUAGAGACUAUGAUUUGGAUUCAGCAUCUCCUUUCAAAAAGUCUGACAUUAUAAGUAUGGUACCCGUCUACAAGCAUGUUGCAUGUUCAUCUGCGGAUGGUCGAACACUGUUGGAAUCAUCCAAGACAUCAUUGGACAAAGGGAAACUAGAGGAUGCUGUUAAUUAUGGAACAAAGGCACUUUCCAAGCUUAUCACAGUUUGUGGCCCUUACCACAGAAUGACAGCGGGAGCAUAUAGUCUUUUGGCUGUGGUGUUGUAUCAUACAGGGGAUUUUAAUCAAGCUACCAUUUAUCAACAAAAAGCUCUAGAUAUAAAUGAGAGAGAGCUCGGGCUUGAUCAUCCAGAUACAAUGAAGAGUUAUGGCGACUUGGCUGUUUUUUACUACCGACUCCAGCACACUGAGUUAGCCUUGAAGUAUGUGAAUCGGGCAUUGUACCUUUUGCAUCUGACAUGUGGACCUUCUCAUCCAAAUACUGCUGCCACCUAUAUCAAUGUAGCUAUGAUGGAAGAAGGUCUAGGAAAUGUUCAUAUUGCUCUUAGAUACCUACACGAGGCUCUUAAAUGUAACCAGAGGCUACUUGGAGCUGAUCACAUUCAAACUGCUGCAAGUUAUCAUGCUAUAGCUAUCGCUCUCUCUUUGAUGGAGGCGUAUUCAUUGAGUGUUCAGCAUGAACAAACCACGUUGAGGAUAUUGCAGGCUAAACUUGGGUCAGAUGACCUACGUACACAGGAUGCGGCUGCAUGGCUUGAAUAUUUUGAGUCCAAGGCUCUUGAACAGCAGGAGGCUGCACACAAUGGUACUCCCAAACCAGAUGCUUCUAUAUCCAGCAAAGGACAUUUAAGUGUAUCCGACCUGUUGGACUACAUAGCCCCAAAUGCAGAUAUGAAAGCACGAGAAGCCCAAAAAAAGCAAGCUCGUUUAAAGGUUAAAGUGAAAUCUGGACAAAAUGGAGAAACAGGUGCAAUCGAGGACACUAAGGAUGACAUCAACAUAUUACUACCUGGUCUUGUUCAAGAAAACUCUAGUGACAAGGAAAACAAAUCUGAAUUAGAUAAUAAUGUUGUAUCUCCAGUUUCCGAAUCUGUUGACAAUAAACCUGAUUUAGUUCUAGCAGAACCCGAAGUUUUCCAAACCGAUGAUAAUAUUUCACAUGAAGACGCCUCAGAGGAAGGAUGGCAAGAAGCGUUUCCAAAAAAUCGUUCUAUUUCAGGGAGGAAACCUUCUGUUUCUAGACGCCCUAGCUUGGCAAAGCUCACUACCAACUUUGUGAAUGUCUCUCAGUCAUCAUCGAGAUACAACCGUGGGAAGUCCUCCAAUUUCUCUUCUUCUCCAAAGCCAACACCUCAAAGUGAGUCUUCUCCUGCUUCAACAGGCUCUUCUCCUUCCCCCAUUCAGAAGAAAUUUAACAAAAGCUCCAGUUUCAGUCCUAAAUUGAAUAAUCCCAGCACUCCAGCUAGCGGGUCGGAGAAACAUGCUAAUGUCAAGUCAGCCCCUAGUAGUCCAGCUCAUCUUAUUAGUUCGGUUGGCAUUCAAUCUGCUGCAAAACUGUUCUCGUAUAAAGAAGUUGCUCUUGCUCCACCCGGUACUAUUGUGAAGGCAGUGGCAGAACAACAACUGCCAAAAGAAAAUCCUCAGGCUGUUGAUUCAGAACCGAUUCCAGUGGAUGAUACCACAAAUCAGAUUCAGAUCGCCCAAGUGGAAGAAAACCCCUCCGAUCGAAAGAGUGAAGAAGAAGAAGAAAUACGAGUUAAAGACAAAGAUGUGGAUGCUCUUGUAUUACAAGUCAAGAAUGACGAUUCUGUCCCUACGGGAGUCGAGAUUUCUUCUGAAGAGACGAGCCCAACUACCAAAACCACACCAUUGGAUGAAAAAGAUGAUUGUUUGAAUGAUCCAUCUAAAAGCUCCGACAUAAUUAUCAGUCCAUUGCCAACAGAAGCUGAAACGGAAGAAAACACGACAUCUAUUCCUUCACCAACCGAAUCAGAAAAGCAAGGUGAACCAGAAACAGUGAAAGAAACUAGCAAAAAGCUUUCUGCAUCCGCACCUCCAUUUAAUCCGUCAACAAUUCCAGUCUUUGGUUCAGUUUCAGUAUCGGUUUUCAAAGAUCACGUCGGAAUAUUACCUCCGCCCGUAAAUAUUCCACCAAUGGUUACCGUUCGUAGGUCACCUCAUCAAUCCGCUACAGCAAGAGUUCCUUACGGUCCAAGGAUAUCUAGUGGACAUAAUAACCGAUCAGGAGGUCGGGUUCCACGUAAUCAUACAGCAGAUAAAAGCCACUUCAACCCUCCUCCAAUAAUAAUGAAUCCUCACGCUGCUGAAUUUGUACCUUGGAUCCCUAAUGGUUAUCCAGUCUCUCCAAAUGGUUACAUGGUGCCCGUCUCCCCCAACAGUUACCCUAUAUCUCCAAACGGUGUUCCAGUUUCGGUUAAUGGCAUUAUAGUGGCUCAAAAUGGUAUACCAGCCUCGGUAAUAGUUACAAGUGACGAGAUCAAUCAUGAAAGUGAAGGGGUUGCUGUGGAAGAAGAAAAAACACAAGAUUCCUCGAACGAUACCAAAAAGCAAGACCAGCCCGAAGAAGACAGUCAGGAGAAACCUGAGGGCAUGUUAGUGGAAGAUGGUAGCGAUGAGUCAAAUGAAAUCACUGGCGAGAUAGGGACCGAGAAGAAGCAGCCAAGUAAGUGUUGGGGAGAUUACAGUGACAGUGAAGCUGAGGUUAUUGAGGCUGCUGCGUAAAGAAAUUUGUUAGCCAACGAUAAACGAGGAGAUUGAAAGAUUCUUCAAGUUUUGUUCGAUCGAAAGGAGAUGGUGUUGGCGCAUUGCUAACUUUCAAGCGGCAUCAGUUGAUGGUAAUUGUUCAUCAAGCUCAAACUUUUAUUUUAUUUUAUUUUUCUUUCUGUUUUUGCCUUUGAGAUCUGGCUUAUUUUGCUUGGAGCAAGCUGGUCAAGGAUCGGUAUAACUUGUGAUGAGUUUAUGUCCCUUUUUCUUUCUUUCUUUUGGUUCCUUGUUAAGAAAAAAGAAAAUGAGUAAUGUCAGAAGUUGUAUUGGAUGUUCAUUAGUCGAACUUGUUUAUAUGAUCCUGAGACAAUUCUGAAUUUCUCAAGUUUUUGAGAAUCCUCGGAAAAAAAACAGGUCUAUUUGAUCCAAGGUUUAUCUUAAUGUGAAUAUUUCUUAUUUGACUAUCAA